UGAAGAUGGAGACAGUGAGGUGACGAGAGUAAAUAUAUUAAUAAAAUAAAAAUUCAGUGUGACCGAAAUAAGCUAUUACAUUGAGUACGUUCACAUAGCGACAUAAUGACGAACAGAACGGCGUAUUUCUACGAUCCAGACGUGGGGAACUUUCACUAUGGCGCUGGACACCCAAUGAAACCCCACCGACUGUCUCUCACACACAGUCUAGUGCUGCAUUAUGGACUGUAUAAGAAGAUGAUGGUUUUCAAACCAUACAAGGCAUCCCAGCAUGACAUGUGCAGGUUCCACUCUGAGGAUUACAUAGACUUCCUGCAGAAGGUCAGCCCAAACAACAUGCAGGGCUUCACUAAGAGUCUCAACGCCUUCAACGUAGGAGACGACUGUCCUGUCUUUCCAGGUCUGUUUGAAUUUUGUUCAAGAUACACCGGUGCCUCCUUGCAAGGAGCAACUCAGUUAAACCACAAGUUAUGUGAUAUUGCCAUAAACUGGGCUGGAGGACUACAUCACGCAAAAAAGUUUGAGGCGUCUGGAUUUUGUUACGUGAAUGACAUUGUCAUCAGUAUUCUUGAACUGCUGAAGUAUCAUCCACGUGUGCUUUACAUUGAUAUUGACAUUCAUCAUGGUGAUGGUGUUCAGGAAGCAUUUUAUCUGACAGACAGGGUCAUGACUGUAUCCUUCCACAAAUAUGGGAACUACUUUUUCCCAGGAACAGGUGAUAUGUAUGAGGUUGGAGCAGAGAGCGGCCGCUACUAUUGUCUGAAUGUCCCACUACGAGAUGGCAUUGAUGACCAGAGCUACAGGCAGCUGUUUCAGCCAGUUAUCAAGCAGGUGGUGGACUUCUAUCAGCCGACUUGUAUCGUUCUUCAGUGUGGUGCAGAUUCAUUGGGUUGUGAUCGAUUAGGAUGCUUCAACCUCAGCAUACGUGGCCAUGGGGAAUGUGUGGAGUUUGUGAAGAGCUUCAAGAUUCCUCUGCUUGUUCUUGGGGGAGGAGGGUACACGGUGCGAAAUGUUGCAAGAUGUUGGACGUUUGAAACAUCUCUGCUCGUUGAGGAGUCCAUUAGCGAUGAGCUGCCAUAUAGUGAAUACUUUGAAUAUUUUGCUCCGGACUUCACACUUCACCCAGAUGUCAGCACAAGGAUAGAAAACCAAAAUUCUAGACAAUAUUUGGAGCAGAUUCGCCAAACUGUAUUUGAAAACUUGAAGAUGUUGAAUCAUGCACCGAGUGUUCAGAUCCAUGAUGUUCCCUCUGAUAUACUGAGUUAUGAGCGUCCAGACGAGGCUGAUCCUGAUGAGAGGGGGUCAGAUGAGAACUUUUCCAGGCCUGAAGCUGCAAAUGAAUUUUAUGAUGGUGACCAUGAUAAUGAUAAAGAAAGUGAUGUGGAAAUCUGAAGAUCAUCUAGUGUCCCGUUUCUUGUGUGGUUUUCUGUACACUGCCACAAAGGCAACCAUUCCCUUCAUCUAUAGGACUUAACUGCUUUGUGAAAGCUAGUUUGAUUUUAGUUUUUUUUUGUUUUUUACCCAUACCGUAACUGUGUAGUUCACAAUGUUUAGGAGUUUUCACAGUCAUGAAACAUUUUGCACCUCUGUUAUAAAAACCCAAACAAAAGGGAAUUUCACUUUGAUUCCCGUGUACUCCAAAAAAAAAAAAAAAAAAAAAGGUUAUCAACAAUCAUGGAAUAAUGGCAUUUCAUUGAUGUACUAUGCCUAAUAUCCAAAUAUUGUGCCUCAUAUUUUUCAUAAUGUCAUAGUUUAUGGAGUGUUUCUGUAAUAAAUUUGUUGAAAAAUG